AAGGUUCAACAACUCGUUACGGCAAAAGGGUUGCGUUGCUGCGUUUCCUCUUCCUCAUAUGUGGAUUGUUAUCUUAUAUUUGACAGUUGCCUCGAGCAUAGAGGUAUAUUAACCGAUUCUUGUAUGGAAAAGUGAUCUUCCGCAAAAGAUUGUUAGUACCACCCUAGAUCUGUUUAGAGAACUUAUUGUGAAGAAAAUAUUAACCAAAUGCCACAAAAAAGGACACAAAAUGAAUCGCGAUAGCCCCAGCAAACCAAGAUCUGCAAUACCAGCUUAUUUGACUGGAGAGACUGAAGAUCCAUAUCCAAGCCUUUCUGAUAUACAUGAUUAUGAACCAAAUUUAGAAUUUGACGAUACUGAACUCCAACAACCAGUUGAUGAUGAAGGGGAAAUUAUUGGAAUUGGAAUAGAAUCCGAUGAAUUUCUAGAGACUCCUGUGUCUGAUGGCACCAUUGAGGAGAACUUUGAAGAAGCAUUUGGCUUACCAUCUUUAAUUCCAGAAUAUCCAUCUCUAAUUCCAGAGCAAAGAGAUUCAUUAAAGGAACUUGAUGUGGAUGAUUUCAUUGAUGUUGCUCAACAUAGAAUUGUUGAUGUAGUGGGUGAUGACACAUAUGGCCGCAAGGUUAUUGUUGUCUCUGCUUGCAGGUUGCCAAGUAACAAAGUGCUGGAUCAUAACAGAUUGCUGAGUUACUUGAUGCACACUUUGGAUAACUAUGUUGAGACUGAUUACACUGUUGUGUACUUUCAUCAUGGUCUCAACAGUCAGAACAAACCGUCUUUUCGGUGGCUUUUACAAGCGUAUCGCGCUUUCGAUCGAAAGUACAAGAAAAAUCUGAAAGCCUUGUACCUUGUACACCCUACAAAUUUCAUUAGAGUAAUUUGGCAAUUAUUCAAGCCAUUUAUCAGCAUUAAAUUCGGGCGGAAGAUGAUGUACGUUAAUUACCUCAGUGAAUUGGGUAACCAUAUCCAUCUUAAUCAAGUUAACAUACCGCCACCCGUGCUAACACAUGACGCUCAGCUGAUGUCAAAAAUUGCUAACAAGUCAGGACAAGGUUCUCAGGUGGAUUCUUCUUCAUCUGUCCAACCUUUACCUACCCAACAGUUUGGUGUGACACUGCAAUUUAUCAAGGAACGCAACAAUGGCCAGGUCAUUCCGCCGGUAGUCUCUCGCUGUGUGGAGUUCCUCAGCCAACCAGAUGCUUUGGAAACGGAAGGAUUAUUCCGUCGCUCAGCUAGUGUUUCGUUAGUACGUGACGUUCAGUCCCGGAUUAAUCGGGGUGAAUCGAUUGAUUUUCAGCGUGACUUUCCUGGCGAUUAUCAUCUAGCUGCUGUAACACUGAAAACAUUUUUGCGUGAACUGAAGGAGCCCCUAAUGACGUUUGACCUCUUUGACGACAUUAUAAAUUUUCAACGUUUGAACAAGGAGGAACGUGCUCAAAUGGUAAAAACACUUAUCUUGGAAAGGUUACCAGAGGAUAAUUACAUCUUAUUGAAAUACCUUGCACAAUUUCUCGCCAAAGUUCAAGAUAGAAGCGACUUGAACAAAAUGACAUCGUUCAAUCUCGCUGUGGUAUUUGGGCCCAAUUUAGUCUGGUCUCAGAACCAGCAAAUGUCUUUAUCGGCUAUCGGACCCAUUAACGCCUUGACGGAGCAUAUUUUGUCUCACUAUUUAGAAAUUUUCAUCUUGUAGUUGAGACUUUCCAAUGGCUUUCUCUCCACCUAGUCUUCUCGGACUGCUGAUUCCCCCGUUAUUGGAGCCUUUUCGUUAUCAGAUUAGACUCGCGCUUACCCCCUUUUUAGUUAACGGUUGUGUCAAAUGAGUGUUCUGCAGGUCAAGGUGUAUACAAAUACCUCUCAAAUUGA